UGUUAUUGACCUCGAACGCCCUGAACAAACUUCACUCACGCAGCGCACGUCCAGUCGCGGAACAUCGCACGCAACCCCCAGGAAAAAGACUGACGUAACCUAUGUACUGACGUGAAAAUUUUUAGGCCACCAACUUUAGAGCAUGGAUUUCAUCAAGAAAUUUAUCGGCAUUGCUCCGCCGAAAGAGCACAGCGAUGGGUAUUUUUAUUGGGGCUUCAAACCAUCUGAUGAAAAUGAUUUUGAAGUAUUUGAUAUCCUUCCAAAUGGUACUCAGCAUAGAUGGCACUCCUGUGAUAUACAAGAGUACAUGCAAGAAAUGGAGCGCAAGUUUCAAGAGAUGUUGAUACCUUUCCAACAGCGUCCUGAAUUUUCCAAUGAUUUGUUUCAAACACCAGCAUAUAAGCAAGAUAUAGAUGGGUCUCUGGACGGCUGUCGACCAAACGCUGACCAAAUUUUGGAAAUCAUGGAGCAAGACAGACACAUGCAAAAGAGCCCAAUACAUCCCCGACAUGAGACUCCCAAUUUCUUCCAGCUGCCACCAGACUUUAAAAGCUUCAGCAGGUCUGUCUCUAUUCAAACAUCUCAACGUCCAGAUGGGGUUUGGGAGACAAGAAAGGUGGUCAGAGAUGAACAUGGCAAUGAACAAGUGACUGUGACUGAGCAACUUGAUCGCCCGGGUAAUAAUGGCAGCCUCUUAGAUUUACCUAGAAUUGGUGCAGACUUUCCUCAAUCGCAAUUUAACCCUCCAGACCGAGAUCAUAGAGGAAUGAGCUUGAUUGAUAAGCUCUUUGGAAGAUUUUCAACAUAAGUUUAUAUUAAAAAUUGGAAGUCUUCGAUUUUAAAUGAAAAAAUUUUGUGUUCACCUUCUGAUAUUAGAAAUAAAUUACAUAUAUUAAGAUUGAA